AUGUGGAAUUUAAUCUCGUCACCCAGGCAUCCAAGUCUGAAACAGUUAAUUGAUUCACUGAGAAUGUUCCUGUUGAAACAAGAAGCAGUGGCUAGAAUAGCUAUAGCAGGAACACCACUGGCUUUACCAAAAAAAAUAACACGUAAAGCAAUGACUGAAAAGAAGAUGACUACUGGUAUGUCAGCCAAGACCAUGAAAUCUAUUAAGAAGUUUCUAAAACUAUACAAGAUUGAUAUACUUCCAACAAUGAAGAAACUAUCUCCUUUCUUCUAUUGUGAUGUGGACAUUUCUCCAAAAGCCAUUGAGGUAGGAGCUGAAAUGCUAUGUACUGAGAAGAUUGGAGUGAAAUUAUCCAAAGUCACAUACUUGAAAAUGAAGAAUGUCAAACAAGAGGUGACUAAGAUGGUGAAAUAUCAUGCUAGUAAGAAACGGUUGCUAAUGGGAGGCCACUUCAGUGAGAAUAUAUGGGUCAAGUUGGGUGUUGCCUCUGAUGGAAAGUCAACCAAAGUUAUACUGCAGAUUGUUAAUGUUAAGAAAAGCAACAAGUUGCUGCCAAAGCUGGUAGGAGUCUUUAAUGCUGCUGAUACCUAUCUCAAUUUGAAAACCUUGUUUAGUCCUAACCUAAGAGUGCAAACUGAGAAGUUAGCUGCAUCUGGCAUUUGUAUCGGUAAACAAGGGCUUGGUUUCCCAAAGAACGUACCGGUUAAGAUGUUCUCUGUCUGCGAGUAUGAUUCCAUGUGCAACCUAGUUGGUCAUGAAGGGCGAAGCUCGUCACAUCCUUGUCUCUGGUGUCUGGUACCACAGAAGGGACUGAGAGACAUGAAAGGUCAUCCACAUACUCCAUUCCUGUUAGACAAAAAUAAGCUGAAGCGUUAUUCUCAUUGUGCAUAUAAGCAACGCUCGUUCGACUUAGAAUCAAGAUCUGAGGCGAAUGGAAUGGUUGAUGAUCCAAUUAUUGACAUUCCACGAGAUCAGCUCGUCCCGUGUCCAAGACGCAUUCUUACUCGCUUAGGUUUGUUGUUCUUUAACCUUUUGUUCCAGAAGUGCAAGAAGUUGGACCAUAUUUCACGAUUCAAAGAUUGCAAGAAGUGCUAUGAGCUCGUUGAAUUUGAAACGGAGGUCCAAAGCUGCACAUCAAAGUUGCUGGCUGCUGUUCAUGACCAGUCUAUUAGUAAUGAUGUUGUUUCUUUGAUUACUAAACAAAACAACAAAGCAGUAGAAGGAGAAGCUGUUAACAGAUGUGAUUUCCUGAAAUGUACAGAAGAAGGACAAAUAAAAACUACAAAGUUGGAGUGCCAGUCAUGUUGUAAGUGGUUUCACAAGUCGUGUGUUAGUGUAAUACAGGAUUACAAGAAUUUGAAUAACAGACCUUACACAUGCCCAGUUUGUGAGAAGACUGUACUUGAUCUACCCCACCUUCUCACCUUAGUGCUUCAAAAGAAAUCAGAAGAAAAUACCAAGGUAGAUAGUUUGAAAGAAAAGCUGCAGGUGGCAGAGGUUAAUAGAACAAUGGUUGCAUCUAAGCAUGCAGUGGUUGGUACUCUGGAGCAGAAGCUUUCAAACAUAGUCACUGAAGAAUUAAAGAUACCCAUGUCUACUUUCCUGUCUAAAGAACUAACAUGGGAUGGCUUGAAGAAGAUUAUGUCUAGUUAUGAAAAACUAGUGAGUGUUCUAUAUCUUCAUCAUGAUCUGAAAUCUACAUUCAUGAAGCUGUUUGAAGAGUUUGCCGCUAUUCACAAGAUACUUGGUUUGACACGCUUUCUGAGUGAUUCAGAGAUAGAUAGUUUAUCGCGUGCAUGUUGGCGUCUCGGAUCUUGGUAUCCAUUAAAGUUUAAACAGAGCGUUACUUUGGAGUUCCACAUCCUUGUGUUCCAUGUUCCAGAAUUUCUCAAGCAAUGGCAUGGCAUUGGUAUGUUCGCUGACUCAGAAAAGGUUGCUGUUCAUGAGAGUUUCCAGAAUGACUUGCGCAGCUCUGCUUCUACUUCUACUUCUGAACAAUUAAAGUUUAGCUAUGCCAAGAAUUUGGUGAAAUCCCUCAUUCCAGUCAGAAAGAGAAAGGCGAACACGAGCGAAUCUGGACCUCCCGCUAAGAAGGUUAACUCAGAGCAUUCUGUGGUUUCAGAUAACAGUGGUACAAGCGAACAAGUUAGUAAAUCUCCACAGGACUCACAGAAGAAGCCACAAGCUAAGGAAGUAGCUUCUACUUUCAUCGUUUCUACUGCAAACGCAAGCACUUAA